AUGAAAUAUCUUAUUUAAACAUUUCACUACUUGCUAUGGUAGACUGUUUUAGCCUAGUUGAUGAUUGAUACAUACAAUUAGGUAGAUAUAAAGGGAAUAGAGUUUGAUUGGAGUGCAAGAACUCUACCUAUAGGAGAUUAAUAACUUUUAAUUGCCUAAAAUAUAAGAGGGUAUGAUUAAUUAUUCUAAGUUGAAUUAAUGAUAAUAGACAUAAUGAAAAAUGAAGUUUUCAGACAAAUAACAAUAGGAGGAGUUGAUGAGAGUACUUAUUGUCCAGAUAUACUCAUCAUAGAUGAUUCUAUUUUUAUUGCUUAUGUUAGUGAAAAAGAAAGUUCUUUAUAUGUUGUGAUGAAGAAAUAUAGUUUGUCUUUAUAAGAAUCUAAUGUAAAAUUCAAUGUAGGUAAUACUCUCUAUGAAGUAAAAACAAUAUAAAAAAUUUAAUACAUUUAAUUAACUUAGUUAAAUGAAAAUUUAUUGUCAAUAUAAUGGUAUUCAUUAGGGAGAGAGUAUAAUACUAAAUAAUGGAAUAUGGUAUUGUAUAAUCCAACAACAGGAGUUAAAGGUGAAAAAAUAAUUUUGCCAGAUAGUGAUUUUAUAUCAGUUACAUAAAAUAAAUUAGGCGUUAUAGCAAUAGCUUAAUCAAAUAAUAAUAAAUUAAUAUUAUCCAGAUUAUAUGAAGGUUAAUUAAUUACAAGAUCAAUUCCAGCAGUCUCUUAUUCACAACAGAGAGUAAAAAUUAAUAGUCUAUCAACAAAUGAAUUUAUUGUUAUUAAAUGGACUACAUAAUAUAACUUUGAAAUAAGAAGAUUUAAUAAAUAUUUUGAAGCUUCUCAGAAUCCAUUUAGAAUUUAAACUAAAGAAUUUUGUAGUGUUGAAAAAAUUUAAUAGAUUGAUAUAAGUUUUACAGAAUCAAAAUUAAUAUUUGUAAGUAAAUGUGAUGAGGAGAUAAAAUUAUAAUAAAUAGAUUUAUUAAAUAUUCAAAAUAAUUAAUACAUUUCAGAAUAAUAUAGAUAGAUUAAAACAUAGAAUAAAUAAAAUAUAUAAUCUAUUUAAAUUAAUUAUAUUGAUCAUAAUAGAUUAUUACUUAGAUGGUUUACUCAAAAACAUUACUUUAAUGAAUUAAAAGUUCAAUUAAUAGAUAUGAAUUUAAAAAUUAAUGAAUGUAUAUUAAAUUGUGAUAUAUGUGAUAAUAGAUUUAAAUGUUAAUAAUGUUAGUAAAAUUAUUAAUUGGAUACUAUUAAAAAUUAAUGUAAACCUAUAUGUCCUAUUAAUUGUUUAUAUUGUUCAGAUUCUACUUAUUGUGAUAAAUGUAAAUUGGGAUAUUAGUAUACAAAAGAAAACUUAUGUGUAAAUCCAAAUAAUGAUUUUAUGGAACUUAAAGUUAGUAGAGAAGUAGAAACUAAAGGAAAAGGUAAAUUAAUAAAUAAAGAUUUUUAUAUUAUCAUUAUUUAUAGUAUUUAUUAAAAUGAUAAAUAAUAAUAUUUAGUUAUUAGAAAACUAGAUAAUUAAGGAUAAUUAUUAAAGAAAGUAGAAUUACAAAAAGAUUAAUAAACAUUACUUGAUUAUGAUAUUGCUGAUUCUUUAGUUGAUGAAAUCUUUUAUAUAUUAAUUAAAUGGGUUUCAUUUGAUGGAUCUACAACAAUUAUUAAUUAUUCAUAUAAUUUAGAAGACUUAACAAUAAAAGAAGAAUAUUUAAUAACAGAUUAAUCAACAAUAAUUGUUGGAGAUUAAAUUAAGAUAAUAAAUUAUAAAUAAUAGAAAAUUUAUUUUUUUUAUUUUACUAAGGAAAACGAUUAUUAUACAUUGAAAUAAAUCAUAAUGAAUUAAAAUGAUGUUUAUACUAAUUCUAAUUAUUACCAUCUAAGUUAUAAAGAUAAUUUUGAAUUAAAAUCAUAUAGAAAUUCUAUUGGUAAUGAAUAUAUGACAAUAUUAAAUGAUGAUUAAUAUUAAUAAUGUCAGAUUAUGGAUACUAGUUUAAAUUGUUAUUAAGAUACUAAUCAAGAUAGAACUGAAUUCUUUUCAUAAAAAAUAAUUAAAAUUGAUCAAAUUUCAUUAUAUCUAGAUCAGGAUAUUUAUUUGAAUAGAUAAUUAUAUCUAAAUAAUACUGAUAACUAUAAAAUAUAGAUAACAUAAUCAUCAAGAUAUCAAUAAAAUCAUACAUUCAUUUAAAUAGGAGAAAAUGAUAUUAUUAUUUUAUGGUCUGGUAUUUCAAAUAUCCAAUAAAACAAUCCAAUAUCAAAUAUUUAUAUUUAAGGUUUUUCUAAAAAAACUAAUUAGAUUACUAAUUUAAAAUCAUUUACUUGUUCUCCUGCAUGUUUUUAAUGUUCAGAAACUGGAGUAUGUUUAUAAUGCAAGAAUUAUCAUUAUAUAUUAGACAAAGGAAAAUGUAAAUUAUAAUGUAUUGAAAAUUGUGAAUAUUGUUAAGUAGAAAAUGAAUGUUUAAAAUGUAAAUUAAAUUAUUUCUUGGAUUCUUAAUCUAAAUGUGUUUAAACAGAAAAAGAUUACAUUUUAUAAAAAUAAAAUUAUUUGUAUCCUACUGUAUUUUAAAAUGAUGAUGGAACAGUAUCUAUUGUAUCAAUUAAAAAUAAUGGUACUAAAUAUGAUAUUGUUUAUGAAGAAUUUGAUAGAUAAGGAUAAUCAAUUUCAGGAGAAAAUAGAAUUUCAAAUGAUAGUAAUUUAACAGUAUUAUUCAAAUAACCUAAAUUAAUUAAAUAAGAUUAAUUUAUUAUUAUUAAUUAUUUAGUACGAGAUGAUAUAAAUAAUCUAUAAAUCAAAGCCAUUUUUGUUACUUUAGAUAACUAAUAUUAAAUUAUAUAAAAUAAUGUAUCAUUCAUAUUAAAUUAAGAUAUGUUAUUUGAAAUUUUAUAGAUUGAUAAUUAAUUACAUAUAGUUUAUACAUAUGACUAUUAUAGUUAUGCAAUUUACUUAAGUAUUUCCCAAUAUUCAAUAAAAAAUGGGUUAAUGAAUAAAUUAAAUGAAAGAACUUUUGGAGAUGUGUUUACUUUAACAAAGAAGUAUUAUAAUCUAAAAUUAGAAAAUACAUUUAAUCAAAAUAAGUUCUCAAUAUAAUUUACUGAAGUAGAUGUAAUAGAUUAAAUAGUUUAUAUAUAUGAUUAUGUUGAAUUAAAAUUAACAAAAUCUACAUUUACAACUUAUUAGCUCAAUUAUAUAAAUUUUUUGCAAAUAUUUACAGUUUAAUAUAACAUUAUCAACAAUAAGAAAAUAAAUUUACAAUUCUUUAAUUAAAGAGUAAAACUAUUAAACACAUUAUCCCUAGAAUCAAUAUAUGAGUAUUCUAAAAUAUAAGUACUAACAACUUAAUUCUUUAUAUAUCUGUUGUAUGCUGAAUCAUCUCAAUAAAACAUUAUAAAUAUCAAUGUGAAAUAAUAUGAUCUGAAUGGUAUACUAAUAGCUGAAAAUUAAAUUAGUUCAAAUGAAUAAUCUAUAGAUUAUUUAAAUGGUAAUUCUUAAUAAAAUGAAUUCCUCUAUAUAACUUGGAGUUCUAUAUAGAAUAGAAAGUCAUAUAAGAUGAGAUUAAAUUAAAAAUUAUAAGCAAUACCAUUUGAUAAUUCAAUAUGUGUAUCUUAAUGUGGAGAUUGUUCCAGCAAUGAUAAAAUUAUGUGUAAUUAAUGUUUAGAUGGCUAUUAUUAUAAUGAAUAAAAAUUGAUUUGUUCACCUAUUUGUUCAGAUAAUUGUUAAAAUUGUACUUCUCCUUAUACAUGUGAUUAUUGCAAUAAUAAUUUUAAAUAUGUAGAUAAUAAAUGCUUAAAUGUUACUGAUUAUCAAUUAGAAAUAUCAAUUUGUCAAUAAACAUGUAAUGGAAUAGGUUCAAUAUUAACUUUUAAUGAUAAUACUAUGAUAACAACCUUUUAUAAUUAUAAGAAUUAAUAACAUAGUUUAGAUUUAAAUAUAUAUUAAUUAGAAUCUAGUGUCAUUACAACUAAAUAAUUAAUUUCUUCAGAAACAGCAAUUCCUUAUCACAGAAUUUAUGAGUAUGAAUCUAAAAAGUUUGCACUUAUAUGGUUAAGUGGUAAUUGUAAAGUAUCAUGUAGAAUGAUGAUAUAAUUAUUCUAAAGUAGUCUUGUUGUCAUAACAAAUCCAGUUGAAUUAAGAAUGAUUAAAGUACUUAAUAUAGAUGAAUUUGAAAUUCAGAUCAAAAUAUUUAGUAGUAAUUUUAUAAUUGUUUGGACUGAAAUAGAUGAUAAUUUAAUUUAGUAGACAUAUGUUGGAAUUUAUAAUAUUAAUACUGGAUUUUCAAUAAAAUAAAAUAUUAAUGAAAAUUAAGAUGAUAUCUCAAUAAAUCCUUAAUUAUUGAUUUAGACAUCAUCCUAUUAAAUAAUAUAUAUUAAGAAUAAUAAUAUUAUAAACUCAUUAACUAUUGAUAGUACAACUGCAAAAUAUAAACAACUAUAUUAGAGUACUAAUUAAAUUGAUUCUAUUUCAUCUGAUAAUAUUGACAGCAGCGGAUUAGCUAUUGGUUGGAUAGAAAUUGAAAUUAAUUAAUUAGGGAUGUAAAAUUAUUAUCUAAAUGUUCAAUGGUUUGAUAGAUAAUUAAAUCAAUAAGCAGUUAAAAGAACUGCUCUAAACUCAUAUAUUAAAAUUAAGAGUCUAAGACUUGAUUAUAUUUCUUCAUCAUUAUAAUCAACCUUCAUAUAAAUUGAAAAGGGAGAGUAACAAAGAAUACGUCAAUAUUUUAUAAAUCUUUAUUUAUUAAAAUAUGGAUCAACAUAAGAUAUGUUAACAAUCCCAUUAAAUAUUUUAAGUUAAUAUUAGGCUAAUACAAAUAUAUUAACUUAUGUAGAUCCACGAAAUCUUAUGUCAUAUGUAGUAUUCUAAGGAACAAUGAAUAAUGUUAAUUAAAUAUUCUUUAUAGAAAAGAAAGGAUAAUAAUCAUAUCAAGAUAAUUGUGAAACAAAUUGUUUCUAUUGUAAUAAUUAAAAUGUAUGUGUAAUUUGCAAAUAAGGAUAUUCAUUAUAUAAUAACAAAUGUUCUUUGAAAUUACCAGAUAAUUGUUCAACUGGUAGUAAUGGUAGAUGUUCAUAAUGUGCUAUUGGAUAUUCAAUCACAUCAGACUAUAAAUGUUAACUUAGUGAUUCAAAAUAUAAAGAAAUUAAAAUGAGUAAUUACCCAGCUUAAAGUAGAUAGCGAUUAUCGACAUUAUCAAAUGGAGAUUAUAUUGUUGUAUGGUCAACACAAUUUUAUCAAAAUGAAGGAACUGGAAUUUAUAUGUCAUUAUAUAAUUCAUAAGGAGUUUAAUUGAAAGAUUAAAUGAGAAUUACUGAAUCAUCAGCAGGAAUUUAAUAAUAUCCUGAUGUUUAAGUAAUGAAUAAUGAUGAAAUAGUAGUUGUAUGGAUAGAUGGUAAUAUUUUAGUGAAUGCUGAUAUAAAGAUGUGUAGAUUUAAUAGAGAUUUCAUAAGAAUUGGAAGUGAAAUUACUGUAUAAACAAAUAUUCAUCUUUAAUAUGUUUAAUCAUUUGAUACACCAGUAAUCAUUCAAUAACUUAUUAAUGGCUUUGCUAUUGUUUGGUCAGAAUAAGGAAACUAGUAAUCAAUAUAACUUAUGACUAAAUUCUUUGAUAAUAAUAGUAAUGAACUUAAUUAAUAAAUUGUUACUGAAAAUGAAUCAAUAAUAAAUGAACCAGUUGUUGCAUCUACUUAAUCUAUUAUUGUGAUAGCUUGGUAAACAAACAAAGGAAUAUUUGCUAAUUCGUAUAGCUUAAAUCAAAUUUUAAUAGAUAGGGUGUAAUUAUCAAAUACCGGAGAAGCUCCAACAAUUACAUCUGUAGAUAAUUAUAUAAUUAUUGCUUGGAAAGAGUAUGUAAUUGAUGAAAAUGAUUUUAUGAGUUAGAAAAUAAGAUUUAGAAAAAUAUCAGGAGAUUUAAAUUAAUAUGAAAUAUAAAGCCAUUUUGGAAUAUCAUAAGAGAAUUUAGAUAAUCCUGAUGUGAUUUAAAUUGAAAAUGGAUUUGCUAUUAUUGCUGAAAGUGUAUCUACAUUAAAUGAUAAAGUAAGAGCAAUCUAAUUGUAAUUAUUUAAUUUGGAUGGUUCAACUAAAUCAUAACCUAUUAUUGUCUAUUCUAUAUCUAAUUUAUAUCCACAUCACCCUUAAUUAAUAAACUAACCAUAAGGAAAUUUCAUAGCAUCAUGGAUACAAAGUACUCUAGUAACAUAAAUCUUAAGUGAUGAUGUCUAUAUGAAAAGAUUUAAGAGUGACGGUACCUAAUUGUCAUUAAAUACAAUCAUUUGCCCUGACAAUUGUUUGACUUGCUCAACUAGUGAUGUUUGCUAAUCUUGUAAGAAAAAUUACAUCAUAUUAUCUAAUUAAUGUUAUCCAAAAAUUGAUAAUUGUGAAACUCAUGUAAUUGAAAAUUCAAUACUCUCUUGUAGCUAAUGUAUUAAUGGUUUUAAUUUGAUAAAAAAUAGUUGCUAUUGGGCUUAUUUUUCUACUAAUUAUUAAACAAUAGAAUUUAUAAUUGAUAAAUCAUAUUUUGAUAUAUUUAAAGUAAUAACUUUUUCAAAUGGUGACCUAUUAUAUUUUUGGAUGGGAGAGGAUAAUAUAAUGACUCAAAGAUUUGAUAAAUAAGGUAAACGAUAUUCUAAUCCUAAAGAAUUAAAACUUUCAACAACUUGUACAAGUUGUUAAUAUUAUUUUGAUGUUUGCUUAUUUAAAUUAAAAGAGGAAAUAUUUGUAUUUUCCUUCAAGAUUUUCUAAUAUAAUUACAGUUCCAGUACAACUUAUAUUAAUAUUUUCAAUUUUAAUGAGGAACUUCUGUCUUCUAAUUCAAUCUUUUCUUAUUAAGGAGAAAUUAACUCUAUAAUCAAUUAAAAGUACUAGAAAUAAUUGACUAAAAUACUUUUAUUGGAAAAUAUGAAAUUAGGAUUAAUUCAUAUGGUUAUGCAAUAGGAAAUCCCUAUAUUAGAAUUAGUUAUUAUUCAGUUAUAUGUUGAUAGUUCAUUCAAAAUUAAUUUCUCUAAUUAAUAAACCUAAGCAAUUCAAUUACUAACUUAUUCUUAAUUUAAGAACUCUUUGGAUUUAGACAUAUAAAUAAUUGAUAAUGAAAUAAAAAUCUAUUAGAAAAAUGAACUCUCUAAUACUUGUAUAGAGACUAGUUUUGAUUUCUUUGGAGUAUAACUAAAUAAACAUGUGAUAAAGAAACAAAAUAAUAUGGUAGAAUAUAAAAUGAUUAAAUUGAAUUCAGACAGCUACUUGAUUGUUUGGACAGCCAUUGUAUCAUUUAAAUAUGAAAUAUUCUUUUAGAUUUAAUAAUAAGAUGGAAUUGAAUUAAGACAUGUUUAGCAAAUAUUUAGUGGAAAUGAAAUCUAUAAACUUGAUUUAUAAAUAAAUUAACUUUCAAAUUCCAUAUUGAUAACUUGGAGAGAAGGCUCUUAAUUUUAAGAUAUGACUUUGAAUUCUGUUUAUAAAGGAGUUUUUAUAUCUAAAGAUACUUAUGUAUUGACAAAUAUUGCAUCUCCAAUUAAUUAAGAGAAUUCUUAUACUAAAUCAUUAGGAAAAGUUGAAGUUUUAGAAUUACCAAAUAGAGAUAUAAUAAUUAAUAUAUUGUUUUACAACAUUUUGUCUUAAACUUAAAUAAUCAAAUCAUACAAAAUUAAUGCUACGGGCAGUUAGGUAGAUUUUAUUUAGAUGAGGUGCGGAUAUGCUUGCCAAGAAUGUAAUUAUAAAGGAUUCUGUUUCAAAUGUACAAAUCCUGAUUUAUUUAUAUUAUAAGUUGAUGGAAAUUGUGUUAAGAAACCUCAAAAUUGUGUUAAUUUCAAAUCUAAUUGCUUGGAUUGUAUUGAUGGUUAUUACAAAACUCAAUAUCUUACAUGUGAGAAAAUUAAUUAAUAAAUUGAAAAAAGCGUUCCUUUAGAUUAUCAAAGUUACUAUUUAUUUUACUAUUAAGUUGCCACCUACUAAAAUGGUAAUUUUGUGGUUGUAGGUUUCAAAGAGAGUAAUGUUAUUGAAUUAAAUUAUUUUCUAAGUGAUGGAACUGCUUAAAUACAAAAACAAUAAAUAAUAAACCAUAUAAAUAUAAAUAAGAUUAAUGAUAUUUCAAUAACUAUUGAUGAUAAAGAUUAACUUACAAUAUUUUAUUCAGUAUUACCCUUAGUUUUUACAGAAAACAAUAUGUAUUAUUAUCAAUAAUUUGAUAAAAACUUUAAUAAUCUUACAGAACCAAUAUUAUUUUAUUCUGGUUUGCAAUAAUAUGAAACUACAACUAUUAAAGCCAAGAUCUUGAUUGGUGGAUAAUUUGCAAUAUUAAUUAAGAGUAGAUUUGAUAUUUAUGUUUAUAUUAUGAAAUCUAAUUUUGAAUUUGUUGGUGAUAUAAAAUAACCAUUUAGUGAAAACUUUGAUAUAAUAUCCAAUGGAGAAUUAAUUGCAUUUGCUUAUAUAAAAGAUACAAUUACAAUCAUUAAUUUCUUUGAUUUAAAAUUAAAAGUAAUUUAACAUCAAAUUGUUAAUGAUGGAGGACUAAUUAAAUUGGCCUCUAAUGCAUUUAAAUAAUUUAUUAUAGUUACCAAUUAUUAAAUCAAUAUAAUUGAUUAAGGUACAAUAAUAUCAUCUUAUAAUACUACCCUACAAAGUUUAUACCCAAUACAAAUAGCCAUAAGUGAUAUCAAUGAAAUUGUAAUCCUUUCGUACUAAAAGAACUCUAAAUCUUAUCAUUUACUUUAUUUUUCAAUGUAAGGACUACUUAAAAACUUUGUUUAAGUUAAUAUGAAUUAGUAUACUGAAAUUCCUAUACAAAAUAGUUGGUUAUUGAAGUUGUAAAAUAGUAAUUUUCUUGUCUUCUUUCAUAUAGGAAGUUUAAACUAUAAUUCUAAGUUAAAUUUUGCAAGAUUUGAUUAAUUGGGAAUUUCAAGAUCUGUAAACGAAAUUAUAUGCCCUCAAAAUUGUAUAUCCUGUGUAUCAUCUUCAGAAUGUGAUAUUUGUAGUUUUGGUUUCGAAAAAAAUGAUGAAACUAAAUUGUGUGAAAAAUUUUGUAUGUAAUUUGAGUGUCGCAAAUGUAUGUUGACUGAUUGUGAUGAAUGCUCUAAUGGAUUCUAAUUGAAUGAAUUCGGACAUUGUUAAAUAAUUGAUUAAUCAAUUGAACAUACUAAAGAUCCAUAUAAUCCAAGUUAUUAAGAAGAAGUGAUAGACCCAAAUAUUCCAGGAGUCCCAACAGAUCCAGUGGACCCUAUAGAUAUAAAGGAUCCAGCAGAUCCAACUAAUCCAACAGAUCCAACAGAUCCAACAGAUCCUAUUAAUCCUACCGAUCCAACAGAUCCUACUAAUCCUACCGAUCCAACAGAUCCUACUAAUCCUACCGAUCCUACAGAUCCAACAAAUCCUACUGAUCCAACAACUCCUAAGAAUCCAAUCAAUAUAGGAAUCAUUGAACAUCCCAUUGGAGAUAAAUGUAAUGUAAUUAUGCAAAAUAAAUUAAUAAAUUUUACAGAUAAUAGAUAUGCUUUCAUUCAAAUUUGCAAUGAGAUUAUGAGUGCCAAAUUAUUUAAUAAAGAUGGUGUAGAAAUAUAGAGUUUUGUCUUUUUGAUUGAAAUAGUGAUAUUCUUUGAUACAGUCCUAGUUCAAGAUUAAAUGUUCUUAGCAUUUGUUUUUGCAAGAAACCCAACUUCGACUCAAAUUUUUUCAAUUGAUAAUAGUUUUCAAACCCUUGUUUUUAAAUUUGAGACAAUUUAGGAACUCACUAUUUUAGAUAUUUAAAUUCAGCCUUUGAACCACAAUAUUGCUAUGUUAAUAUCAAAUAAUAAAAUGGUUUAAAUUGAUGAUUUAUUUUUGGUUUGCUAUUCUUAAACUUUAUAAAUAUUUGAUAAUUAUUUAGGAUUAAUGACUAAUAAAAUAAAUUUUAAUUUUCCAAAUGGUAUUAUUACAAAGGAUAAUUGUAAUUAAAACAAAAUAUCUGAAAUCAAGGUUGUUGAACAUCGUGUUUAUGCAUUAUCAAUAAAUUUAUAAGGAGGGUAACUAUAAAUUUUUGAUCAUAUUGUAACAACACUAGACACUUUUUAAAUAGAUAUUCCUAAUAUUGAAAAAAUUAAAUUUGAAGUUACUCUAGGCAAUAUUAUAAUUAUUUAUAAGACUAUUGAUGCAUAAAAUUGGACUUUAAAAAUUUAUGAUAAAUAUUUAAUUAGCUUUAUUGUCAAAGUUGAUUUUAUCCCUGGAAACUCUGAUAUUUAAUUAGCUAUUGUAGCUAACAAUUUAUUCAUAUAAUGGAAUCAAAAUGAUAACCUUAUGAAGUCCUUUUAUGAAUUCUUAGAUUUAUAAGGAAAUUAACUUUCAAAAGGAGAAAUAUUUAGUGAUUUUUAGCUUAAUAGUAUUUAAUUAAGUGUUUUAAUGGAUACUUAUGUUGCAUUUACUUGGAAAAAAAUAAAUGCAAAUAGUCAAUGGGAAAUUACUUAUGCUCUCAUGAAUCACAAUGGAGACUUUGUAAAUUUUUUAGAGUAAACAUGUUCUAAAAAUUGUAAUUACUGUAUAAGUUAUGAAUAAUGUAUGACAUGUGAGACUAAUUAUGUUUUAAAAUAUAUUGAUUCUAACAACAACUAUUGUUAGAAAGAAUGUGAUUAGAAUUGCUAGACUUGUGAUUAGAUGGGAAAUUGUUAAUUUUGUAAAAAUUUUUAUGAAAUUAAAAAUGGUUAAUGCGUUUUAAAUGAAUUAUAAGCGAAAGCAAUCCGUAUAAAUUAAGAAGCAUAAAAUAAUUUGAUCUAAUAAUAAGGGGCUAAAUUUAGUGAUGGAUCAAUAAUAGUGGUUUGGUCAAGUAAUUUUUAUGAUGGUGAUGAUUUUGAAGUAUAUGGUUAAUUAAUUAAUAAUUUUGGAGUUAAAAUUGGAGAUAAUUUAAAAAUAAAUACUAAUACGCAAGGUCCUUAACAUUCUCCAAAAGUAUUAGUAUUAUAAGAUGAUACUGCUUUAAUCAUUUAUAUUGAUGGUGAUCCUAAAAUAAGUCAGGCGACAAUAAAAGCUUAAAAAUUUGAUAAGUAAAUGUAAAGAAUUGGUAAUGAAUUUUAAGUUGGUACAAUUGAAUCUUAUUUAAAUGAACCAUCCAAUCCUAAUUAUUUUCAAGCAUAAAGCUUAAAAAAUGGAGGAUUUUUUAUUGGAUAUAUACAAAGGUCAUUCUAGACACAAGAUUUGAUUUUUUUAAACUUUUAUGAUUCAUUAAGUAACCUGGUAAUUCAGUAAUCAAUCUAAGGAGAUUUAUUUUUAUUUGAAAAAUCUAUUGAUUUUGUUACAACAGAUGUUAAUAUUGCUUUAUUUUAUGCUUCUAAUAUUUACGGAUGUAUGGUUCAUUUGUACUCAUUAGACGGAAAAUAAAAAUUAUUAACCAAGUCUUUGGAAAAUUUUAAUAAUCACUAUCGUGAAAAUAUAAUUAUAGGUCAUACACAUAAUUUUUAUGCAAUAGGAUAUAUAUUGUUUGAAGAAAGUAAUAGAAUAGUUUAAGUAUAAUUAUUUGAUGAAUAAUUUAAUGAAUUAGGAAAUCCUAUAACAAUUAGAUAAGUAGAACAUUAUAUACCACAAAUUUAAAUGAAUAAAGGUGAUUAAGGAUUAUACUUUAUAAUUUAAUUGAAUAUUAAUUAAUAACAGUUUUAGGAACUUUAUUUAAUAAAGGACCAAUAAUAUUCUUUAUUAAAUAAAUUCUAUUUAGAUAUUUAAUAAAGAUAAAUGUAAUCGAAACAGGAAUAUCUUUAAAUUAUUUAAUCAUAGGAUCAGUAAUAUUUUAUACUAUGGUCAAGGAGAUUCCAUUUUGGAAUUCAGGAUAUUUAUGACUUUUAUUUUUAGCUGUUAUCAUAUGAUUCAUAAAUAGUAGCACAAAGUUAAAUAACUUGUCCAUUGAAUUGUUAGUAAUGUUAAGAGCCAACUAUUUGUGAUCUAUGUCUUGAUCACUAUUAGAAAAAGGAAGAUAUUUGUAUUCCUAUUUGUGAAGUAGGGUGUUCUUUAUGUGCUUUUCCAUAUUUUUGUAAUUUAUGUUAGGAGGGUUAUUAUUUAAAAUCAGAAGGUAAAUGUUAUGAAAUUCCUAUUUAAUAAUAACCUUUAGUUUUAUAUGAAUAUGAAAGAGGUGAUAGGAUUGUUUAAGUAUAAGCUGUAAAUGAAAUUAAUAGAGUGUUUUUUUCUUAUAGCAGUCACUUAAAUGUUAAAGUUUUUAUUGGAGAAUAAUUAGUCAACAGUUUUUCAAUAACUGAAUAGCCAAUAGAUGAUAUGUAUAGAUAGAAAUAAACAUUUUAUUUCGAUGAAAAUAUCAUAUUAAUAUUCUAUUUUGAAAAUGAUGUUUAAGUACAAAGAUAUGAUAUUAAUUCAAAUUUAAUUAGUUAAGAAAGAUUAGACCUUUUAUAAUUUACAGAUUUUUAGAUUUAAUAUGAUGCCUUAUUAUUAGAACCAAUAUAAGGUUAAUAAUAUAUCCUUACAUUUUAUAAAUAAAAACAUAAUCCAAAUUAAAUUUACAAUUUAUUUGAAACAGUUAUCUAUUAUGUGAAAUUAGAUUUAAGGUUAUAUAAAAUAGAAAAUGUUUAGAUUAUUUUUAAAUCUGUAGAUAGUGUACCAUUUAAUAUUCAAAAAGAUUAAGAUUCUUUUUAUAUUUAUUUCUAUGAUUAGAAUUAUAGAAUAAGAAAGGAUAAAAUUGAAUAAUUAUUCUGUUAUAAUUAAAGAGAAUAUACCAUUAGCUAAUGCAAUAUACCCUCAGAAGAAAAUUGGAAUAUAAUUUAAUUAUUUAAUGUUGGAAGGUAAAAUGAACUUUUUGAUAUCUUUUCACAUAUCAGCACUUAAUACAAAAUUUUAGGUGUAUAAGGAGAAAUAAUAAUGUAAUCUACAAAUGUUUUAAAUUAAGGUUUAAAGAGAUAAAUAUUUGUUAAAGUAUUUAAAUAUAUUCAUUCAUUUGUAAUCAUCAUUGAAGAACAAACUGAUUUAUAAUAUAAUGAAUACAAAUAAUUAGUUGCUUAAUUUAUUUAUAAUACUGGCAAAAAAAUUGGAGAUUAAAUAUAUAUUUGUUCAUUACCUUAAAAUUUUAUAAAUAUUGUUCAAUACUAAAAUGGAUUCAAAAUAUAUAUAUAAUAAGAAGAAUGCUAAGAUGAUAUAUGCAAAAAUAAUUUAAUAUAAAGGAUAUUUGAUAGGGAAAAUGAUCUACCAGAUCCAACAGAAUCGUAAAUACUAAUUAAUGACCCUGUAAAGGAUGGAAAAGGUAUUGAAAUUUAAGAAAAAUGUGAUUAAGAACCAAUUAAAUAACUUAUUAAAUACUCUAAUAAUAAUUAUGGAAUAGUAUAUAUUUGUUAGGAUAUUUUCAGAAUGAGAAAAUUCAAUUAGGAUGGAAUAGAAAUCAAGUUUGUUGAAAUUACUCUCGAACUUAUUCAUCUAUUUGAUAUUACUUUAGUGGAUGAUCAAAUUUAUGUUAUUUUAGUUUAUGUAUCAGAUAAAACAAUUAGUAAGAUUUAUAAAUUAGAUGAUAAUACAAAUUCUUUGUUAUUUUAAUUUGAUCAUGUAUGUGAAUUAGAGAUAUUAGAUAUUAAAAUUGAAAAUUUGUAGAUGAAGUAUCUAAUAUUCAUAACAUGUUUGAAGAAUUAUGUAUUUGAUAGUGGAUCUAAAAUUGGACGGUCUUAAUCAUUAUUUGUUUAUGAUAGAUAAAAUUUGAAAAUCUUUGAAAAAUUAGAUUUUAAUAAUCCUGCUAUAUUUACAAUUGAUGAUUGCGAUAAGUACAUAAUUUAAGAGAUUAAAGUUUUAUAUGACUAAAUAUAUUUAGUAAAAGUCAAUAUUGAAUAUUAUGAAAUAAUUUAAAUAAAUGAUUUUGGGGUAUUAUUGUAUACAAAUACUGAUUAUACAUCAAAUAUAUCGAGAAUUAAGUUAGAAAUAAGUAAUGAAUUGGUAGUAUUCAUGUAUAAAAAAUAUGGCUAAAUUGAUUGGUUCUUAACUCUUUGUACAGAAAUUAGAAAUUGUUGGUAUCAUGGUUAAAACUAUUUGAAAGGAGUGUAAGAUUUUUCAAUUGCAAUAAUUUAAAAUAAAUUUGUGAUAUCUUAUAGUGAGAAAUUAAAUUAAAAGCUCUAUUAUAAAGUAGUUGAUAAUAAUAAAAAAGUAAUAUUUUCAGAUUCAAUAUCAAUUGAUUAAUAAAUAAGUAGUCCAGUAUUAGUAAGCUUUAAUAGUUAAUAUAUUGGAUUUACAUGGUAAUUUAAAAACAAUUUAGGAUAAUGGGGAUUAUAAUUAUCAAUAAUUAAUAAUGCUGGCAAUUUAGUUAAAUAUAUAACUAAUGUAUGUUCAGUUAAUUGUGAUUAAUGCAAAAGUGAUACUCAAUGUAUUAAAUGUUUAGAUGGAUAUUAAUUAUUUUAUGAUAAAGAUGGUUAAAUUAGUUGUCAAAAAGAAUAUAGUUCUUUUUGUUAAUAAAUAAUUAACGGUUAUUGCGUCUUUUGUCCUCCAUAACUUUAUCCUUAAGAAAGAAAUUGUGUACAAGAUCACUUCUAAUAAUAUUCACUAGUUGUUAAUGAAUUAAUGACUUUUACAUAAACUUAACCAUUUUUAGCUGGAUUUAGUGAUGGUUCAAUAAUGAUAAUUUGGAGUAGCAAUUAUUAAAAUGGAUUUAAUUGGGGUGUUUAUGGUUAGAUAUUAGAUAGUUAGAGAUAAAAAAUAGGAAAUAAUUUUUAAGUGACAUAAAUUGCUCAAGGAAAUCAACAUUCUGCUUAUAUUCAAAUAUUAAAUGAUGAUACUGCUAUUAUUUUAUAUAUUGAUGGUAAUCCAGAAGAAGGAGCUUUGCUUAAAAUUGCCCGAUUGACUAAAGAUUAAUAAAGAAUAGGUAAUGACUUAGAUGUUGAUAUCAUUAAAUUGAAUUGGUUUAAUAUUAAUUAUGAUUCAAUUGCAAAAAUUAUCAAAUUAUAGAAUGGAGGAUAUGUGGUUGGAUAUAUAACAACACUAGGGGAGCAGUUAUAAGUAUUAAAAUUAAAGUUUUAUAAUUCUGAUCAUUAAGAAGUAAAGGCAUAAGAAAUUUAAAAUUAUUUUGAUACUAGUAUCUAGCUAUCAUAAACUGGAUACAAUGUAGCAAUUAUAUUUCAAAAUAUAGUUUAUAUUUAUACAUUAGAUGGAAUAUAUCUUACAUCAAAAGAAUUUAUAUCAUCUGAUAGAUUACCUAUGAAUUACUUAGGCAGUUUCUCAUAAUAUUAUGUUAUUAUAUCCUAUUCUUCUGAAAUUGACAUCUUAUCAGUAAAUGCUCAAUUUUAUGAUUAAAACUUCUUACCUUAUGGUAAUUAAAUAUUGAUAAAAGAAAUUCUCGUAAAUCAAGAUAGUGGUUUCACUUAUAUUCAAUUUAUUUAGAUUGAUUAAUAUAAUGGUGGACUUUCUUUGAUCAUUGAGUUUAAAAAAGAUAAUAUGUAUUCAUUUUAAGAACAAUAUUAUAUUAAUUCUAAUAUGGAAGUAAAAAUAAUGAACAAAUAUUAUAUCUAAAGCUUUUGGUAAAUUAAUAUGAAAAAUUAUGUUAAAAUUGCUUAAUCAAUAGAUUAGUCAUUUUUUGUUGUAUGGGUUAGUUAAAACUUUUAAAAUAAAGUUGACAAUUCAAAUAUUCACGUUUAAAAAAUGACUGCGUAAGGAGAAUAUCCAAAUCAAUUGGCAAAGUAAUGUAGUUAUGGUUGCAUUACUUGUGACAGUCAAAAUGUAUGUACAUAAUGUCUUAGUGAGCUUAUAUUAGUAGAUGGGUAUUGUUCUAUAAUUUGCUAAUAAAAUUGUAUGAUAUGUAUACUUCCUUCAGUUUGUUCAAUGUGUAAAGAUGGAUACUAUGAAGAUUAGUAAGGAAUAUGUAAUCCUCUAAAGUCAGACUAUCAUUAAUCUUAAUCUUUAAUUAGUUAAGAAAUUGAGGGGGAUGUCUUAUAACUAAUAAGGACAAGCGAUGGAACUAUUUGCUUUUUCUCAUAAUAUCAUUCAAUGGAUAUUAUGAAAUAUUGGAAUAUUUAUAUAAUAAAGGAUUAAUAAAUUAUUUAGAAAGUAUAAAUUGAUAAAACAGACUCAAAUAUAAAUAAUUAACCUAUUUAUAUUAAUAAAAUUGAAUAAGAUUAUGUAAUUGUUUACUUUAAUUUAUAAUAAAUGGGGAUAUUGAGAAUUGGUGAAAAUUAAUAAAUCAUGAUUGAUAAAUUGAUAAAUCUUUCGAUAAUCUUUUAAGAUCAAUAUAUUUAUAGUAAUUAAAUAACAUUGGAACCAUUAAUAGGUAAUCAAUACUCCUUAACUUAUUAUAAAAAUUCAUAUGAUAAACUUUCGUAAACAACAAUAUAUAAUAUAAUUUUGGAUUCUGAAUUAAAUUAAAUUGGAUAACCUUAACUUUUACAUUAAUUUGAUGAUGUUUCUUAUUCAUUCAAUUAAUUUAAUGCUCAAAAUGGAACUGCUAUUUUAGUAGGAGAUUAAUUGAUUUGGAUAAAGUGUCCAUAAUCUUUAUAAAUUAAGGAAUUUCAUUGUUAAGUAUUUAAUUUAUAAAAUAGUAAUUAAAUCUAAAUUUUUGACUCUUAAAAUUAUUUUUAUGAUCCUGUAUUGAAAGGAGUAAAAUCAAUUUAUUAUAGAGUAUUGAAUAGUGAUUCUAUUCCUAUUACAUAAGAAGUGAAAGUAAUUGAAGAUAAAUUGCAAUAAUAAGAAUUUGUAUAAAGUAUAACAUUUUAAAAUACAUUUGCAAUAAUACUAAAAUAAUAUAAUAAUUAUGAUAUCAGUUAUUAAUUAAUUAUUUAAUACUUUUAAAAUUCUGGUGCUAAAUUAGGUUAAUAAAUAUAUGUUAAUUACUAUUAUGAAGGUAUGUUUAAAAAGAUUAUUCAAACUGAAAAUAGUUUACUAAUAUAUUGGUAGAAAAGGAUAUGUUCAGAUUUAUAAUGCUCUAAUAUUAUAAAUAAAAUAUAAUAUAAAGAGUAUGAUGAUUAAGGAAAUGAAAUUACUAAAGUUGACAAUAUCAAUUGUAAUUAAAAUUGUGAUGAAUGUAUUAACUAAAGUUAUUGUACAAAAUGUAGUACUAAUUAUUUUUUAGAUACUAAUUCAUAGUGUAAGUUAUUAUGUCCUUAAAAUUGCAUAUAUUGUUCAAUUGUUUAACAAUGUGAAAUUUGUUAAUAUGGAUAUGAAUUAGUUAAUAAUUAAUGUAUAAAAUUAAUAUGUCCAAAUAAUUGUGAUUUAUGUACAAGAAUGAUAUAAGGGGAAAUAAUUUGUGAUAAAUGUCAAAGUAAUUAUUAAUUAAAUUAACAAUAAUGUUUACCAUUAUGUCCAUCAACUUGUAGAACUUGCGACUUACCAUAUGUGUGUUCAAGUUGUCCUUAAGGAUUUAUAUUAACAUCUAAUGCUAAAUGUAUAUUUGAAGAUCCAACUAUUAUUGAUUAAGCCAAAAAUACAAUUGUUAGUACACCAUUAAGAUAUACAUUCCCAGAUUAAACUUAUGUUUUAGUAUGGUAUUAAAAUGGUGAAUAAGCAGGAGUAUAUUUCUAAUUAUACUCGGUUGAUAAUGCUAAAAUAGGAACAGAAAUUCUUGUUUCAGAUAUAACUAGAAGAUUAUUAGUAGUGGAUACUUAAAUAGAGAAAUAAUAUUAUGCUCAUUUAGCUGCUGUUGAUUAUAACUUUUAUAUAGUUUGGGCUGAUUCUACUACUAACGAAACUAAUUUCUUAUUAUAAGAAUUUAAUUCUGAUGGAUCUGAAAUGUCAUCUCCUUAAUCUAUAGGUAUUUCUAAUAGUAAUGUUUUAUCAUUAAUUUCAAAACCCUGUGAAUUAUUAGCUCUAUCCAAUUAAAAUAUUUUUGUAUCUUUUAUGACUUAAAACUCUGAAAAUUAAGAAAAUUACAACUUUAAAUAUUAAAUAUUUGAUCCCAAUCUUUAGAGUAUUAAUUCAGUUUAAGAAAUACCUAAUGUAAGUUAUAUGAUAACUCCAUCAAUCAUGUAAGAUGAUUCAGGAAUGAUAUAUAUUAGUUACACAAGUGAUGGAUAUGUAUUUGUAUAAUAAAUUACAUAAUUUGGAAAUCCAAUUAAUUAGCCUUAAGCUAUUAGUGAUAAUGGAACAUUUACAAUAAAAACAGCUUACCUCAAAAAUGGAAUGUUUGUAUUUUUAUGGGAAAAUAAGAAUAUAUAAACUUUUAAAGCUAUGUUUAGUCUUAAUUAUUAAUUAAUUUCUAAAGAUUUAUCAUCAAGAAGUGAAGUUAAGGGUAUUGGAAUUGCAUAAGUUUAAGAAUAAACACCAGAUUUAAAAUUAUUUAAUGAUGGAUUUAUUGUUGUUUGGAAAACCACGAAUUCAUUAUAUUAAUCAAUUGGAAUAUAAUUCUAAAUAUUUGAUUCUUUAGGUGUCUAAUAAAGUGAGAUUAUCGAUGUAUCGAUUUCAGGAAAGUAUCCAUAUAAUCCAAAUAUUCAAAUAAUUAAUGAUGAUUAAUUUGCUAUUACAUAUAUAUCCAAAGGUGUAGAUGUUGAUGGAUCUAAUUUGGGAGAUGGCAUUCAAAUUAAAUACUAUAAUAAAUAAGGAGAGGAAUACUUUAUUAUAUCUCCUUAAUUAUGUGGUAAGGAAUGUAAUAUAUGUUAAUCUCCAUUGAAUUGUUAUAGAUGUUCAUAUGGUUAUUAUCUAUCUUAGGACAAUUAAUGUAUUAUUGAUUGUGGACUCUAUUGUAAUUAAUGUGAAGUACCUUUGGUCUGUUAAUCUUGUGUGAAUGGAUAUUCAUUAAAUUAGAAUAAUUCUUGUACUUAAGUGGAAUGUUCUGAAGGAUAUCAAAGAAAUCCAAAGACUAAAUUAUGUGAUCCUGAAUGUCCAAAUGAAUGUAUAUGCACACUUCCAAAAACUUGUAAUUCUUGUAUAGCUGGAUAUUAUUUGAAGAAUAGUUAAUGCUAUUUGAAAUCAAACAAUCUAGGUGAGAAUCCCAUAUCCAAUCCUUCUAUAUUCUAUGCAUUGAUAGUAGUAUCUAUUCUCUUACUUAUAUCUUGGAUCUGUUGUUAUAAAUGCAUUAUUUAACAUAGAUAAAAAGAUAAAGUUCAUUUUGUUUCAAGUGAAAGUAAUUUAGCAUAAGAAAAUAAUGAGAGACAAAUAUCAUCAGCUGCAGAACGUGAAUAGAGACUUGAAGAUGAUUAAAUAAAAUAAAAUACGAUGGGGGAUAAUCUUAUGAUAAAAUAAUAGAGUUCAAAUAAUAAUGUUUUUUAGAUCCCAAUAAAGAAUGAAAGAGAUGAUGAUCGAUAAAUAAAAUUUAAGUAAAUUUAAAGUGAAGAGGUUAUUAUUAAGAAGUCGUAUCAAUCAAUCUUCAAUAAAGAGGAUGAAUGA